GAACAAAAAACUAGAAACAUGGCAGACGUAUAUGGAGAUGCGUUGGAGAAAAGUAAGAGGUUUCUCAGUGAGUUCUCGGUUCCAGGACCCAGAAAGGGAACCAAACUACACAAAUACGGAACCCAACUUGUAGCCCUCGCCCAUCGAGAACAGGUGUCCCUGAGACUUUCAAUGGACGAUAUCGCUGAGUUCGACGAGGAUCUCAGCAGAGAAAUAAUGGGUAACACAGUGAGAUACCAGAAGUUGCUGAGUGAAGCAGUGUCUGAUAUCCUGCCUGACUACCAGCAACACGAGGUACAGAACAAAGACUCUCUAGACGUUUACAUCCAACACAGACUGCUGCUGGAGGCUCGAAACAGGGGCUCUGAUGAAAUAAGAGAUCCAAAGAACCAGUACCCUCCUGAGCUACUUCGACGAUUUGAGCUGAACUUUACCCCUCCCUCCGCCCAGAAGCCUUUGUCUAUCCGCCAGAUAACUGCAGAUAGGAUCGGUACUCUGGUAACUAUUCGGGGUACAGUAACCAGGGCUACAGAAGUAAAACCAGCCAUGACGGUAGCUACCUACACAUGUGACCAGUGUGGUUCUGAAACCUACCAGCCUAUCACUGGAAUACAGUUUACUCCCAUUGACAUGUGUCCCAGCAAGGACUGUCAAACUAACAAGAGUAACGGGAGAUUGUACCUGCAGGCUAGGGGUAGCAAGUUUGUUAAGUUCCAGGACGUGAAGAUACAGGAGGACAGUGACCAGGUACCUGUGGGAGACACACCCCGGAGUAUGACUCUACUCUGUAGUGGAGAAAACACGAGGCUCUGUCAGCCGGGUGAUCACAUCAACGUUACUGGGGUCUUCUUACCUGUUCAGAGAUCAGGGCUCAAAGCCAUGAUGGGGGGCUUGAUGUCCGAUACUUUCCUCCAAGUUCACAAGAUUGAGAGAGUAAAGAAAGGUUUCGAGGAAUCCACUCUGGAGUGCUUGGCGGAGGAAGAAUGCAGGACUCUCGCUCAAGAACCUCUCUUCUACGAUAAACUUGCAGCUUCUCUAGCUCCCGAGAUUUACGGUCAUGACGACGUUAAGAAAGCUCUGUUGCUACUUCUUGUUGGUGGGGUAGACAGAAAUACCCAGGGUAUGAAGAUUAGAGGCAGUCUUAACAUCUGCCUCAUGGGAGAUCCCGGUGUGGCUAAAUCUCAGUUGCUGUCCUAUAUUGACCGAAUAGCACCUCGGUGUCAGUACACUACUGGUAGAGGUAGCACGGGAGUAGGUCUCACUGCGGCUGUCAUGAAGGAUCCUAUAACUGGGGAGAUGAUUCUAGAAGGAGGUGCUCUGGUUCUGGCUGAUAAAGGUAUCUGUUGUAUUGACGAGUUCGAUAAGAUGAACGAGAGUGACAGGACAGCGAUACACGAGGUCAUGGAACAGCAGACCAUCAGUAUCGCUAAAGCAGGCAUCCUCACCACACUGAACGCCAGAGUUUCUAUCCUAGCUGCUGCUAACCCAGCGUAUGGUAGAUACAACGUGAAGAAGAGUGUAGAACAGAAUAUCCAACUUCCUGCCGCCCUACUCUCUAGGUUUGACUUACUCUGGUUGAUUCGUGACAAGCCAGAUGCUAACGCUGACCUGAGACUGGCCCAGCACAUCACUUACGUGCACCAGCACAACACACACCCUCCCAGGGAGGUGGAACCUCUGGACCCUGACCUCAUGAAACGUUACAUCGCCACCUGCAAACUCAAGGACCCCAUCAUCCCUGAGUCUCUGACUGAGUAUAUUGUCUACACUUAUGUGGAACUGCGAAAGGAGGCUAGAGAAGAUCCAAGAAAUGCUACUUUCACUUCCGCGAGGAACCUUCUCGCAGUACUGAGACUGUCCACGGCACUAGCUAGACUGAGGUUUGCUGAUGUGGUUGAAAGGGAGGAUAUUGACGAAGCAAACAGGCUGAUGGAGAUGUCCAAAUUCUCUCUUGUUGACGACGAGACAACAGCCAGACGUACUCGACCUGUUGAUCUCAUCUACUCUAUUAUCAGAGAUCUACAGAAGGGAGGCACUGUGGUGAAGUAUGACGAUGCGAGACAGAGAUGUAUUGCUAAGGGCUUUAAUCAGGAGCAGUAUGACGAGUGUAUUGAUGAGUAUGAGCGCCUCAACAUCUGGCACCUCAACGCUGCCCGCACCAGAAUCACUUUUAUUCAGUAGUGAAUGUGUACGUGUGUGAACAAACACGAUUUAUCCAGCAUACUUUAUUUGUUAAUAUCUCACUGGUUGAGUUAAGUCCUAAUUGUCCUAAUUGUGGUAAAUUUUAUCAGAACAAUUCUGCUUUUGCUAACUGACUGUGAACAAAACUUAAGUACUAUUGUAUUAAUUUCAACUUAAAUUCUCAUAGCUAACAAUGUCUAUCUUAUUUCAAAAUUUUACUUCAUACUUCUGUAAGCUGUGCAAUAUGCCAGUUUGAAUUAAUAACUGAUAGCGUUUAAUUAGGAUUUAUAGCUCUGAACUGUUUUUGUAAUUCUGCAAACGUGCCCAGAUUUUAAACAUUUUUAACUAGUUUUUAAUUUUAUUAAUCAUUAUUGUCGCUUUAUAGUUUUUACCAUCUCGGGUUAUGGGAUGAAGGGUUUUAUUUCAUGUCCUUUUUGUUUAACGUAAACAUUUAAGUUAAAGUGGGUAAAUUUUGAAACCCAGUUUGCCGCUACAUUCAUUAGGAAUACUACCAUUAUAGUACAUACUAUGACACAACACUACAAAACAUGACAGAGUUCAGCUUUAUUAUUAUUAUAUAUGCAAAGAACUACUUUAUACGACACUACUUAAAUUAUGGAAUUAUAUUAUGACAUGAAAUCUCUAUACUAUUUGAUAAUUAUUUGAAUUAUAUUUGGAAACAA